AUGCGUGAAAACGAGAGAACAAAUUGGCGGAUGCUGUUCUGUUCUGUUCUGCAGAGGACUUUGUUCGUCCAUUUUGUGGAUGUGGACAGAGGGUUAUCAGUUUCAGUUCCAUAUUACAAUUCUAGAUUUUCAACCAAUCCCAUGCUCAGACCUAUCUCUACAAUUGCUCUCAAUUUCACUUAUGCCUUUUCCAAAUCAAUAACUCCUCGUCCCAAGAGUAGCUAUGUCAUUUGUUCCCAAAAGAAUCGAGACGGUGAUGGUCAUGACGAUGGGUUUUACAUGAGGAAAAGCGUCGAGCUUGCCAGAAAGGGUUUGGGGUAUACAAGCCCCAAUCCAUUAGUUGGAUGUGUUGUUGUCAAACAUGGUCAAAUUGUUGGCCAAGGUUUUCAUCCUAAACCUGGUCAACCUCAUGCCGAGGUCUUUGCUCUGAGAGAUGCCGGUGAUUUGGCCGAGGAUGCAACGGUGUAUGUCAGUUUAGAGCCUUGUAAUCAUUUUGGGAGGACUCCGCCUUGUACUGUAGCUCUCAUUGAAGCUAGAGUUAAAAAGGUUGUUAUUGGGAUGGUGGAUCCAAAUCCUAUUGUGGCUUCCAAAGGAGUGGAUAGAUUGAGAGGUGCUGGAAUUGAAGUUGUUGUUGGUGUUGAGGAAGAACUGUGUAAGAGCCUCAAUGAGGGUUAUAUUCAUAGCAUGUUGACCGGAAAGCCUCUGCUUACUUUGAGGUAUUCUCUUUCUGUCAAUGGAAACUUGUUGGACUCACUUGGGAAAGGAGUUGCUGACUCUGGUGGAUAUUAUUCUAAGCUAUUACAAGAAUAUGAUGCAGUUAUACUGUCUUCUUCCUUAUUCGGCAAAAGUUUGUCAGUAGACUCGGUACCUUUAUCUCAAGAACCUGGAGCCAAUCAACCUAUUCAGAUUAUAAUGCAUAAAGAUUCUGGUUCUUCAAAUCAAAUGCCAUUAGUCAUCAAUGAUAGCAAAGUGAUAAUCUUUACAGAUAGUAGAACAGCAGCCACUCCUGAAGAGGCUCAACAAGGAAUUGAAAUUGUAUAUGUGGAUCAAAUAAAUCUGGAUGUGAUCUUGGAUUAUUGUAAUCGUCAAGGAUUGUGCAGUGUUCUGUUAGAUAUGAGAGGGGAUUUCAGUGAACAUGAAGAGCUUGUUAAGGAGGGUUUUAAGAAGAAGUAUAUCAAUAAAUUUGUGACAGAAAUUUUGCCAUAUUGGAAUGGAUGUAAUCAGAAUGAUCCUUUAUUGCCAUUCAAGAACUUAGAUCAAGGAGUAAAAGUGGAAAGUUUACGCCAGAUGGCAUCGGCUCAAAGUGUUAUAAUUGAGGGAUAUUUGAAUUUUAAUUAA